CACCCCUCCUAGACCUAUUUAAGAGCUGGCUACCAGAGGGGAAGGAUCUCUUCUGGAGAUCCUCCUCUUUGGUAUCUUCUAGUGAGCUCAACCCAAGGGUAAGCUCUUCUACUUAUUCUCUUUUGUGAUCCUUGUUUGCUUUGCCUUACUCUUUUGAUUAUAUUGCAAUUAUAACAUCUUGAUAUCUAUUGAUUAUACACAAUUGUAUUGUGAUUAUAACAUCUUGGUUAUACAGUUGUCUAGCUGAGUUUAAAAGUGUGUGCUGGAAGAAGGUUGUUACACAGUGCUCAUAAAGCAGUGGGCAGUGAAGUCUGAACAGGGGAUUAGGUAUGGGAAACAGCUUCUUUAAGAAGAGAAUGGUGAAAAUCAAUUUGCUGCAACAAACAGGUGCAAAGAACACUGCUGGGGGAUUUGGCAUAAGUUUUCCUGUGGGCUGGCUGCUCCAGUUUAUGUUUCAGUGCCUUUACUGUCAUUUUGCAUAGAUCUGGCGGUGCAUUGUCUUCCCUGAAAGGGUAAUCUAGCCUGUUCAAUAAUAACAACUCUCUCGUCUUGAAACAGUGACUUGUCAGAUUUUACAGCAUGAGACAAAAGGCUCCUUUGCUACAUUUCAGAAGGAGAUUGCAGUUGUAGUGUUCCUCCUUCACCAGUGUGCCUGGCACUUGAGAACAUGACUCAGACUUCCCUUUGUAAACGAAAGAGAGGAUCUUUAUGCAUUUGGAGGUUUUUGUUAUUGGUGGUCCCUAUUUUCAUAAUUCGUUUUGUGAUUUAAUACAUCUAGCUUACACUUAAAUCCUCUUCAGAAUUUGGUUUCGAAGAUUGGGUUUCAGUGAACUGAAACUUGAGCAACCUUGUCAAAAAAUCCUCUAUCCCUAAGAAAUGUCAAUUAAAAAUCAUGCUAGCUUUGUGAAUACUCCUUGCUGUGCAACAGAUUUGACCAGAAAGCUUAAGAAAGUAUUUGAAUGCAGUUUUGGAUCCCUUAAAGCAAGCAGAAAAGUGCAGUAGUUUAGAACUGUUGGCUGGAACAGGUCAGGAAGGAAUGUUUUCUUGUGGCUUUCUUGCUGGCUGCUUCAGGAAAAGAUAGAAAUAACACAAGUAACUGGAAUAAAAGUGCUCAGUUCUCAGUGGUAGGUAGGGAGCCCUGGAGCAAUAGCAUUGCUUUGAGUCUUUAUGCCCAAGCCCAGAUAUCUCAGCUUUGUGGAAUGACUUUGUUACAGGAUCAAUCCAAACACACCUUUACUGGCAACCAAAACCUGCUGUGAGUGGACAAAGUUUGUAGAUUCCAAAUUGCCUCAGUUAAUAAAAAGUGUUGACUAGGUUGCAUCUUCUCAAGUAUAAAUAAAAUUGUCUUGUAUUUUACCUAUUAAAUUUACAUGCUUCUUGCUGCUUCCAAUGUGGAAUGAAAGCUUGUCUCCUUCAACUUCCCUUCCAUAAAGGAAAACAAUGAGGAGCUUGUUCAGCUUCUGCAUGGAGAAGAAAUACAUUUGGGCAUUCUGUGGAGAAGAAAGGAAUUGCUGGCUUUCUCAUUGUUCUUGUUUCUUAAUUGGACAAUGCAAGUUAACUGUGACAAACCUCUGGAAAAUACCUAACAUAAAUGUGACUUUGUAACAUGCAAGACAUUGAUGCCAGGGGGAGUUCCCCUGCUUUCCUUCCACCUCAGAAUGGGAGCAGUCACAGGUCUUCUGGGUAUGUCCCGGGGAGAAUUGCUCCUCUUCGUCCCCCACCGCCUUCACACAGCCAUGUAUCAGCUGAAUUUACCUCUGCGAGACAAGAAGCCCGGGCCAUGUUCACAUCCUCAUCACCAGGACAGCACCGCCGCCAGGCAGAAGCCAACAGACAUAAAAAUACUCUCAUUUGCUUUGCUGUUUCUAGCUUUUCACUUUUUGUUGCACUGGGGAUUUUUAUGGGAAUAGCUUCGAAAUAUGCACCAGAUGAGAAUUGUCCUGAUCAGAAUCCUCGUCUGAAAAACUGGAGCCCUGGGAAGGAUCCUGAGAAGAAGAUUAUCAUCAAAAAGGGAGAUCUGUUUCGUCUGAACUCGGAUGCUACAGUACAUUCUAUAACCAUACAGGAUGGAGGUUUACUUGUUUUUGGUGAUGAUAAAGAUGGUUCUAAAAAUAUUACUUUGAGAACUCGUUUUAUCCUGAUAAAGGAUGGUGGAAUGCUUCAUGUUGGAGCAGAGAAAUGCCGCUAUAAAUCCAAAGCAACUAUUAUUUUGUACGGGAAGUCAAAUGAAGAUGCUGAUGUGCCAGAAUUUGGCAAAAAAUUUAUUGGUGUGGGCCCUGAAGGAACGCUGGAAUUGCAUGGGCAUCAGAAGCUAUCAUGGACUCUUCUGUCAAAGUCUAUGAAUUUCUCAGGGCUGGCCUGUGGUCAUUAUGCAUUUAAAAAGAAUUUUUCCCGAGGACUAAAUGUGAGAGUGAUUGAUCAGGACACGGCGAGUGUUUUGGAAGUGUUGAAAUUUGAUACUCAUGAGUUUUCAGAAGAAAGCUUGAAACUCCAGAACUUACUGAAGAAUAGAAGUCCUGGUCGCAUUAUCGCUAUUGCUGUAGGAGAUUCAGCUGCUAAAAACUUACUGGAAGAAACUAGAGUGACUAUUCAAAAUCUUCUGGGAAGUAGGUUUGUCAGAGGAUUGAGUUACAGGCAAGCCUGGGCUUUAGUUGGUGUUAUAGGUGGUGGGAAUUCUUCCUGUAAUGAAUCAGUGCGAGACUAUGAAAAUCACAGCACCGGUGGGAAAGCUCUUGCUCAGAAAGAAUUUUUCACAGUGGAUGGUCAGAAGUUUGUUGUGAGAGCUUACAGUGAAUGGAAUGAUGGUGUCCCAAUUUCAGGCUUCCAGGUAGAACCUGUUGGUGGAGUGAUAUUGAAUCUUCUGGAUGAUGUUAGCAGUUGGCAGCCUGGAGACCGAAUUGUGGUUGCAAGUACAGACUAUUCAAUGUAUCAGACAGAGGAGUUUACACUCCUUCCCUGCCCGGAGUGUACCAAGCACCAGGUCAAAGUCAAAGAAAAACCUCAAUAUCCCCAUGUGGGAGAAGUUAUUGAUGGAGUGGACAUGAGGGCAGAAGUUGGAGUUCUCACAAGGAACAUCUUAAUCAAGGGAGAGACAGAAAAUACCUGCUAUCGUGAAAAGGAGUGUCAGUUUUUCAGCUAUGAUACGUUUGGUGGACAUAUCAAGAUUUUGAAGAAUUUUACAUCUGUUCAUCUCUCCUAUGUGGAAUUAAAGCAAAUGGGCCAGCAGCAGAUAGGAAGUUACCCUGUUCACUUUCACCUUUGUGGGGAUGUGGAUGAAAAAGGAGGUUAUAGUUCUAAGACUUACCUUGAUGGUCUUUCCAUUCAUCACUGUUUCUCCAGAUGUGUGACUAUUCAUGCAACUAAUGGCUUACUGAUAAAGGACACCAUUGGCUAUGACACACUAGGUCACUGUUUCUUCAUAGAGGAUGGCAUUGAGCAGAGGAAUACUCUCUUCCACAACCUUGGACUAGUCACAAAACCAGGCACUAUUCUUCCUACGGAUAGAAACAGCACCAUGUGUACUGGCAUAAGGGAUAAAGUGUAUGGAAGUUACGUUCCCGUGCCAGCCACAGACUGCAUGGCAGUUUCAACCUUCUGGAUUUCUCAUCCCAACAAUCACCUUAUAAGUAAUGCAGCAGCAGGUUCACAGGACGCUGGAAUAUGGUAUUUGUUCCACAAAAUUGCUACAGGAGAUUCUCAUGGUCUAGGUAUUGAAACAAAGUCAGAGCUCACACCCCUAGGAAUCUUCUAUAACAACAGGGUUCAUUCUAAUUUUAAGGCUGGUUUGUUCAUUGAUAAGGGUGUUAAAACAACUAAUGCUAGUGCUGAUGAUCCCAGAGAAUAUCUUUGCUUGGACAACAACGCAAGGUUUCGUCCUCAUCAAGAUGCAGACCCUGAAAAACCCCGAGUUGCCGCCCUGAUUGAUGGAUUAAUCUCUUUCAAAAACAAUGAUCAUGGUGCUUGGGUCAGGGGAGGAGAUAUCCUCAUUCAGAACUCUGGGUUUGCAGACAAUGGAAUUGGUUUGACAUUUGCCAGUGAUGGGAGCUUUCCAAAUGAUGAAGGUGCCAGCCAAGUGGUGUCCGAAUCUCUGUUCAUAGGGGAGAGCAAGAAUUACGGGUUUCAUGGUGGUCAAAAUAAAUACACAGGCUCUGGAGGAAUAGACAAUAAGGUGCGCACUCUACCUAGAAAUCGGACAUUUCCAAUUAGAGGUUUUCAAAUUUAUGAUGGGCCUAUUCACCUCACUAAGUGCACGUUCAGGAACUUUGUGCCAACUCCAGACAGAUUUACCAGUGCAGUUGGUUUCUUGAUGAAAAAUCCUUGGCAGAUGACACCAAGAAACAACAUUUCUCUUGUAAAGUUUGGUCCAAAUGUUUCUCUGAAAGCCUUCUUUGGAAAACCUGGUCCCUGGUUUGAAGAAGUAGAUCUGGAUGGUGACAAGAACUCAAUAUUCCAUGAUCUAGACGGUUCAGUGACUGAUUAUAAAGAUACGUAUGUGGGCAGAAUGGAUAACUACUUGAUUCAACACCCCAAAUGCAUUAAUAAUACAGAAUGGAAUGGAGUGAUCUGCAGUGGGACCUAUGCACAGGUCUAUGUUCAAACAUGGAAUGGACAGAAUCUUUCCAUGGCUAUUGUACGAGAUGAGUACCCAUCCAAUCCUAUGGUUCUUAGAGGGAUUAAUCAGAAAGCUGUCUUUCAGCAGUACCAGCCAGUAGUAAUGCUUCAGAAGGGCUACACAAUACAUUGGAAUGGAAAAGCACCAAAUGUCACGUAUCUUUACCUCAUUAACUUCGAUAAGAAUGACUGGAUUCGUGUUGGUCUUUGUUAUCAACCAAAUACUGAUUUUACUAUAGUUCUGGAAACCUUUCAGAGGAAGUCGUCUGCUCUGUCGAGUAAGGUAGAACGCUACACACCUGUACCUUCAAUGCUGGAGCUUGAAAAGAAUCGAUCAGACAAGAAGUUUUAUUUUGACAACAGUACUGGACUACUGUUUUUAUUUCUUCAAGCCAAAUACAAUAGGGAUGGUCACAGUUAUUGCUCAUCUCAGGGAUGUGAAAGGAUCAAGAUUGUGACCAAAGAUUCAGCAAAAGGGGUCAGUAACUGCAUGGCAAAAGCUUACCCAAAGUACUACCAAGGACCAGCUGUCAUAAAGCAGAUGCCAGUAAAAACUACUGUACCGUGCACAAAGUGUGGCACAACUCAGAUGGUAUUCACCAGCGAUCCUCACAAAAACUACCUCCUUGUGCAGAUUAAUUUAUCUGGUAAAAAUGAGUUAAGCAGAGCUCAGCAAGCAUUUAUUUCCGUCAAUAACACAAUGUUUUCCUUCAAGGAUAAUGGUAUACUCGUUGUUGUAGUUGAUGCCUGCACUGGCACAGUGUCAGGAAAUAAUUUAUUUUCCGGAGCAGACAUUAAGCGUGUAGGUGGCUAUUUAAAGUCUGAAAUACCACAAAGGUCUGUGGUUCUACUGAGCACAAGAGGCGAGGUAGAAAUUCCUAGUAACUUAGCAGAAGCCUUAAAGUCCUUGGGGACAGCCAAACCACCUUACCUUCAGAGCAAUGGAAGUGUGGCCUUCCUGGGCUUCAGAGGAAACUUUAAGCCAUCUUGGAUUAAGCUGUUUACCAGUCCUGCUGGUCAUGGGCAAAUUCAGAUAGAAAAGUAUAUCCCUUUGCAACUGGAAGAAUAUGGCUGUACCAGAGCUAUCAAGAGUCGACGGAAAGACCUCGAGCUUCUGAAGAAGGCUACAAGAUCUUAUUAAAGACUAAGCUGUACAUAAAAACUGGGGGAAGAAAAUGUGAACUAACUUAUUUUUAAUUUAUGGCAUUUUAAACUGUGUUGUUAUUCAAGGAAAUCAUGUUAUUAUCUGACAGACGUUUGCCAUCAUUGACCGCUUGAAUGCCAGUCUGUGCACCUUCUAGUUGUACAAAAUAUGGAAGAAUUUAUUAGUAUUUGUAUAAACAGGUUUCAGAGAUUUUUCAGAUGUUUGUAUUUACUGUAAACAAUUUUUUCUGUUUAAUACUCCUUUUGUAUUUAAGAGAGUGUUCAUAAAAGCCUUAAAUUUUUGAUAGCUGGUGUUGGAGUGCUAUUUGGAUUACUUGAAAGAUUAACAGUUAGGUCUCUCUAAACAGCUUGAAUUGGUCAUUGUAACUUAGUUUACUUGCAUUUUCCCUCUGCUGUAUCCAGGUUUUCCUGAGAGUUUAUUUAGCAGGAAGUUCAGUUACAUUCUCAAAUUACUUUCCAGGGUGUUAAAAAACAAAAAAAUUCCUAUUAUGCUUGCAGUUGUGCUCAAGGAGUUUUAACUGCAGUAAAAUUUUUGAUUUGCUGUACGAAAGGUGGAGAGGGGGGAUUUGGAGACCUAGCCUGGGCUGGGUGGGGAUUGUGUACUGUGCAACAGAGUUUUUACGAGGCCAUGUGUGGCGGUGUGACAAGAGCAGAAAAUGACUGUCAUUCUUCAGGAUCGCUGUUUACUACUCACUCCAACAGGAGUUACUAGUAAGAGUUACUUCAUCAGUUAACUUGUCUGUUAAGACUGGGCACAGCUGGACAUUUUCUUUUAAAGCUCUUAAGCAGAAAGGCAGAACUGAGAAAAUAGUCAUUCUCAGGUUGUUAUGAAGCUGAGCUUCUACUCCUUCUGUGAUUAAGGCUAUCGCAGCUCUGAAUUUUGAGAGGAAGGUGUGCUCAGUUCAUUCCAUCAUGCUAUCUAUUUUGCCUUAACUUUUGAUUCUUUUUAUUGUAACCCUGUUGGUAAUUUCUGUUAUUAGCUGUCUUUGAUUUCUGUUGGGUUUUGUUGCAAUUGUUUUACCUUUUCUAUAGGUGGUGGGGAAAUGGUUUAGAAGAACUGAGAUACAGCUGCCCAUUUUCAAGAAUCUAGUCUUUGAAAUUAGAUUUCAGAGACUGUAGAGAUGCAUUUCAUAAUAGGGAAAAAUAGGUGCCACAGAGCUGAAAAUAUAACUAUAGUUCUAAUAAAACUGACAUCGUUCCUUGUUACUGUACGUGUUCUCAUUCAUUCUAGCUGUUGUUAUAUAUGUACCAUCCGGAGAUGCUAUGUGCUUUGAAUUUAAAAUGGAGUGGCUGUUGAAAAUGAACUGUUCACUUGUCUUCUCCAAAGAAGUUGAAAAACAGGGGAUUAUUAUUUUUUUUUUUUUGUGCUUUAAAGGAGAGGAGGCACAGUAGCAGACCUAUUAUUCUAUUCAAUUAAAAUAUGCUACCUCAGUGCUACCAUUAAACUGCCUGAUCAUAAUACCUUUUUUUCCUAAGUAAGAAAGGAGGGGAAAGGAACACAACACAAGAUGAAGUUAACAUACAGAUGACUGAUUUUAUUUUAUUGCAAAACCAAGCCAAAUGGAUGAUUAUGUAUUUUGCAGUUGUUUUGAUGCACAGUUGCUAUAAUGCUUAAAACGAAAAGUGUUUUGUAUGUGUGGUAAAUUUUUAAGACUAGCUAUAAUGUUUGGUAUUACUAAUGCAGACUUUGUGAUUUACUUGCUCGGAGUGCAGUAGGGUUAGUGUCUGGGGAUUGCAAUGAUCUUAAGACUUCCAUUGUUCUGAUCUGUGGGUCGUGCUUAGCAGAGAAAUGCCUUUUGGAUAGUGACCUUCAGGCUUCUGAAGUUGGCCAUUGUUUGAGAUUCUGCUGCUUUAAGCCAUCUUUUGUAAAAACUGUUCUUGGAAACCUCAAGGCUACUCAAGUGUAAGGAGUACUGAUAGACAAUUGGACCUGAAGUUAAACUGUCAUCUUUUGUGUGAACUUAAGCAUUUGAUAAAUAGCAUAAAUAAAUUUUUACAUCUG